CUCCAACACAAAUGGUCUUGUUCCACUUCUGAACGGAGAUUGAAGGGGAAAUAUAUAGAGAGACCCAAAGCUUUAUUCUUUAGAGGGCAUAUUUUAAAGCACCCGCAAAACUCUGCCUUUUUUGUUCUAUUAAUUUAAAGAUUCCUUUUUUGUGUAUAUAUACACACAUACAAAGAAGGUUUUUUGUUUUUGCAAUGGCUAAAGUGAACGGAGGCUCUGAAAUGGGGAGUGUUUCACAAGCUUAUUUAGAUGACCAAGCAGUGAAGGAAGCGAGAUCUUUGAUAUCUGAGCUUUGCCGCCAGUUCUAUAGCCUCGGAUGGGUCUCGGGAACAGGUGGCAGCAUCACCUUGAAGGUCCAUGAUAGUUCUAUCCCUAAGCCUCAGCAACUCAUCCUUAUGUCCCCUUCUGGUGUUCAGAAGGAGAGAAUGGAACCAGAGGACAUGUAUGUAUUAUCAGGGGAUGGGACUAUAAUAUCUUCACCUUCUCCUAAGCCAUAUCCUCAUAAGCUUCCUAAGUGCUCCGAUUGUGCUCCUCUUUUUAUGAAGGCUUAUCAUAUGCGUAAUGCUGGGGCUGUUAUCCACAGUCAUGGCAUAGAAUCCUGUCUUGCAACAAUGAUUGAUCCACAUUCGAAAGAGUUUCGUAUCACUCAUAUGGAAAUGAUAAAAGGAAUCCAAGGACAUGGUUACUAUGAUGAACUUGUGAUCCCAAUAAUCGAGAACACAGCCUAUGAAAACGAGCUAACAGAUUCUCUCACCAAAGCUAUUGAAGCCUAUCCUAAAGCAACUGCUGUUCUUGUGCGCAAUCAUGGCAUAUAUGUAUGGGGAGACUCAUGGAUCAGUGCUAAAACUCAGGCUGAAUGUUACCAUUACCUCUUUGAUGCUGCUAUUAAACUUCAUCAACUAGGCUUGGACUGGUCUACUCCAGAUCAUGGCCCCAUUCAGAGUGUUAAAGGAGUUCCAGGUGUCGAUUGUAAUGUGUCUAAAAAGGCUAGGACGAUCUAUUCAAAUUGUAAUGUGAAGAAAUUACCACGUUGCAUUGUCCUUGACAUUGAAGGAACUACCACUCCUAUUUCAUUUGUAACGGACAUUCUCUUUCCAUAUGCCCGAAACAACGUUGGGAGGCAUUUAUCCGCAACGUAUACUAGUGCUGAAACCCAAGAUGAUAUUAAGUUAUUAUGUUCUCAAGUUGAAGAUGACUUGAAGCAAGGAGUUAUUGGUGCUGUACCUAUCCCCUCUGACGAUGCAGGAAAAGAGGAGGUGAUUGCAGCUUUGGUUGCUAACGUGGAAGCAAUGAUAAAAGCCGAUCGAAAAAUCACAGCCUUGAAGCAAUUGCAAGGUCAUAUUUGGCGCACUGGAUUUGAAAACAAUCAGCUCCAAGGCAUAGUUUUCGAUGAUGUUCCAGAAGCUCUUGAAAAGUGGCAUGCUUCGGGUGUAAAGGCAUACAUAUAUUCCAGUGGUAGCAGAUUGGCUCAGAGGCUUCUCUUUGGAAACACAAAAUUUGGUGAUUUGAGAAAGUAUUUAUCUGGAUAUUUUGACACCGCAGUCGGAAAAAAAAGAGAAAAACAAAGUUACGUUGAAAUAACUGAGACCUUGGGUGUCGAUAAGCCAUCUGAGAUACUAUUUCUGACUGAUAUCUAUCAAGAAGCCAUUGCUGCAAAAGCUGCAGGUUUGGAGGCUAUAAUCUCCGUCCGUCCUGGAAACGGUCCUCUUCCUGAGAACCAUGGGUUCAAGACUAUCAACUCGUUCUCUGAGAUCUAAUAGAAAUUAAGUUACUUCUGUAAUAAUAUCGACUGUAACAGCUCAUACACAAUCACUUCCAAAUGCAAUAAAUCUUGGCUUUCUGCAA